CCACAGCUCCCUCAGUCACAAUUUUUACCAUAACCUACCUCACAGGGUUGUUUUGAGUAUGACAUGUAGGUGAGGGAAAUGAUGUAAGACACUUUGGGUCACCACUGAGGAGAAAAGCAGGAUAUUCAUUAAGUAAACAAAUAAAUAAGCACUGCUCAUAAAUGUUCUACAAAGCUACAUGUCUGAGGAUUCCCCUUGAAGUGGGGUCAGCUUUUUCUAGCUCAGUAUACAGAGAACUUAUUCCCAUCAUCUUUUCAGAGCAAUAGUUUCAUGACAAUAUUGUGUAGCUAUGACACAAGGAACUGAUUCUGACAUUACCGACAGAAGAGAUCUAUACAACUGAUUCACAAAACUGGACAUCCACACCUUUUUCUGAAUGUCUGAAGCUGAUAUACAAACCUGUGUGAGGGAACUUUGUUAGUUCUAUGUGACUCCCACCAUGAAGUCUUCACAAAAUCAUGAAGACACUACCAAGUCUGAUGACUUCUCGAGAACAGUUUCAAUUGGAAUUGUUCUCACAAUCAUCAUUAUAGUGACUGUCUGUGGUAAUGUAGUGGUGUGUCUGGCUGUCGGAUUCAAUCGGCGGCUCCGUACUCUGACUAACUGUUUUAUUGUCUCUUUGGCUGUCACAGACCUGCUGCUGGGCCUGCUAGUGCAGCCCUUUGCAGCCAUCUAUGAGGUCUCUAAUGUGUGGUACUUUUCACAUACCUUUUGUGAUAUCUACAAUAGUCUAGAUGUCAUGCUGUGCACAGCCUCCAUCCUGAACCUCUUCAUGAUCAGUCUCGAUCGCUACUAUGCUGUCACAGCACCACUCCGCUACACGAUUUUGGUCACUCCUCGAUGGGUGGCCAUGGUGAUGGUCUUCAUCUGGGUUGUGUCAAUCAUGGUCUCGUUUUUGCCCAUCCAUUUGGGCUGGAACACUAAUGGCACGAUAGAUCAUGAACCUAAUAAGUGCAGUCUUGGGGUCAAUCCUGUUUAUGGAUUGGUGGAUGCCUUGCUUACAUUCUACAUCCCGUUGGUUAUCAUGUGUGCAACAUACUAUCGGAUAUUCAAAAUAGCCAGAGAGCAAGCAAAAAGGAUAAACAACCUCCCCUGUAACAAGAAAGUCAACCAUGCAUUGCCAACUGUGAAUGAACACAAAGCCACUCUGACUCUUGCAAUUGUGAUGGGAGCCUUCAUCAUUUGUUGGUUUCCUUAUUUCACAGUGUUCAUAUACCGAGGGAUCAAAGGGGACAGCGCAGUGAGUAAAGGCUUGCUAUCUGUUGUGACAUGGCUUGGAUAUGCCAACUCAGCUUUGAACCCUAUCUUAUACGGUACUCUGAACAGGGACUUCCGGACAGCUUAUCAGCAGUUAUUCAGGUGUCAGAGGGUGGGGCCAGAUGCAAGGCAGAGUCCCCUAACACCCAGACAUCAGAUGACCAGCAAGGCCUGUGAAGAGAGACUGAACAAGCAAGAAAAUAUACCUCUACAGUUGCAUGAGAGAAAUGGAAAGGAGAACCCUCUCACCCAAGAUGGGCUGGAAAGGAUCUCCAGCCCUCCGUGUGAUGCAUCAUCCUCCACUAUCAUGUCCUCUUGUCGAAACCUGUGGUUAGCCAAGUUCCUUCCCAAAAGGGCUGUGUGGAUCCCAGUGUUCGAUGAGCCAGUAGCAAAUUCCGAAACGGCAGAGCAGUCUUCUGCACCUCACACAGUUAUCUAUUGGGUCUUUUCCUGAGUCAGAACCUGUUUGCCUACAGAAUCAAAUGUAAAGUAUGAUGACCCAACAUGUCUUAAAGAUGACUUGGAGAUUGUUGCAUUUGGUUCAUUAGUCCAAUUUGUUCACAGUGUUGUGCUAGGAAGCUUUUCUUCAUGGACUUGGGUUUCGCUGUAACACCCUCAACUAUCCUAUGUAGGGUCUAUAUACCCACAAGCAUGAAGAUUAAUGUCUCUGUGUAAUGUAGUGGUGUGUACACGAUCAAAAGACAAAGCUUUACCUGCUUCCUUGUCAAUUGCUCAAUGUUCCUGCUAUUCCAGCUGCAACUAGAUUAAAAGCAUGGGGCUUCUCUAGACCUUGUGGGACACACUGCCUUCCUUAUAAGAGCUCUAAGAUUAUCUUGGGCCUCCAUUCUCCCUGUGCAAUUUUGAAGUCUCUCCUGCUACUCUCCUGUUUUCCUUAGCAUGAUCUGCUUCUUCACUGAUUCUGAGCACUCACUCACUUCCUCAUCCUUGCUUUAAUGUUAAGUCUCAUUGUCCCAUUUUGUGUUCUAUGGUGGUUUGAAUUACAGUUUUCAGCUACAUAACACACUUUGGCUGUAUUUACAUUUGAAAUUCCUGUGGCUUUGUUUUGUUUUUUUGUAGAGGGGAGUUAUUGACAAACUUGAUGUACAAGAAGAUGCUAUUUUCAAAGUUUUAUUUUUCCCACUAAAAUUUUCAGUGGCACUCAUAUAUGUUCCUAGUGAGUACAGAAUGGUCCAUUCCACACAACACAAAUAAACUGCUUUCAGACAAGAAAUAAAACUCCAUGGAGUUCCACACCGU